AUGUUCUUUACACCUGAGUUGCUUGAAAGACGAGAGAGCGGGUUCGGCUUGUUGUGGCUAGCCGCUACCCUUGGAGCCAAAUCGUCCUUUAAGAAAUUACCCAAACGCUCCGUUCUGACGGCCGAUAUCUCUCAACUAUGUGGGCUUAUUGCUGAGCCUCCCGAACCAUUAGCCUUGAGGUUGUCGAGCAAUCUGAUGAUUGGCGUAGCUCGGCAACAAGAGAUAUUCUACUCCGAUGUCACCACCUGCUACAACACACUCAAGAAGGCCGUGGCCGAGCUCCACACAGCAUCUCUUGGAGCUGCGGAGCUGCAAGCUGGUCAAGCUAGUCUACGUCCGGACGUCCUGACUCUCGCCAUGGACCCAGGUGCCGCGUUCGCCAUCGACUUUGGCAACAUAUUCGGAGUAAGGAUCACGGAAGAGUCCGACGACGAAUUCGACCCUAAGGCUAAGAAGGCGAAAGGCAAACAGAAGGCGAGAGAGAAGCCGCCAUCCCUUAUCUCUGAGAAUAUUCGAGCGAACCUACAUACACUCGACGAGUACCACGAGCACUUGCUCUCCCAGUCCUUCGACGCCUCCUUCAGCGGGACUGGCGUCGGGGCGCCCAUGUCCGCUUCGCAGAUGGAGGCCGGCUUCGCGUUCAGCGACGACGUCUUUGGCUUGCAGGACGGCAUGGAUCUCGGCGGAGACAUCGGGGACGAGUUGGCGAGGGAGCUCGGUGAAGGCUGGGGAGCCCCUGCAGAUCGAGGAGGGGACGACCUGCUGACACUCUACACAGAGGCUUUCCAACCGGAUGGCUCGGUGAUAGUACCGUUGAUGCCGUUCAGUCCCGUCCAACCCGUCGAAGGUGAAGACGUGGAGAUGCGGCCCAAUCCAGACGACCCCCUGCAGGCUGGAGCUGAAGUUCCAGAAAAGCCGCAGAGGAAGCCGAAACGCGUCAGGCUCCUGCUCGACGCGCGAACGGAGCUUACGGAUGAAGAACUGAAGGCAGCUCGAGCGAACUACAUGGAGGGACAGGAGACCAUCAGGCAAGAGCUUAUUCACAAGAAGUUCGAGAAGGACAGUGGCAAGAUCAUCGAAGAGUUGAUCUGGGGCGUCCCGUCUGGCCUGCAAGCUCCUGCUCUGGUCGAUUUCUGGACGGAGAACUUUAAGCUGCAGGUGGAAGCCCGUUCGGGGUCGGCGCAAGACGCUCAACCGCCGCACAAGCGCAGAAGAAUCGCGCAUGAAGAGUUCCAGGAGGGGAACGCAAUUGAUGAAGGAUUCAGAGCGCCUCCAGACACAGGGCUGGGCAUGGACGUGGACAUGGGCUUCACGAUAGGCAACAAUGAACCGGUUGGCUUUGGUGGUGACUAUGAUUCAAGGAUGCGCUCUUCGGAGGAACCCGGGGUCGCGCGAAGAGUCUCACGAGCACCGUCGCUCAUUGGAAGCCAGUUCGAGAUGCCUGGGGCCGGUCAGGACUUUGUGUCCGGUUCACAACGGAGCGCUCUCUUCCCGUGGGACAACGCAGGCGCGAGCUCUUCUGUCGCUGGGGGCCCUCUGGAUUUCGGGAAGGAGGGCAGCGCCAGGCCCAGCUUCGGUCGCGCGGACACCAAGUUGAGAGGCAGUUCGUUGAACAGCAGACACGGCAGCCCACUGCCUGGUGGGCGUGUCCCGGAGUCCCCAGCUGACUUCGGGGCGAAGAGCUCGUACAGUGGAGAAGGUUUUGAAUUUGACGUUCCUGGGGAGGUGUCAAUGGCGAACGAGUCCCAGCUGUCCGACAUGAACCUCCUGACGCUUGAGCGGAACUCGCACAACUUCCUUGAGUAUGCCAAGAUGCAAUUGCAGACGUUCUCCUCGGCGACCUCUACCCUCACCUUUGACGACGUUGUGCCGAAGCAGACCAGUACACCGCAUGUAGCGGCUGCGGCCUUCUACCAUUGCCUCGUGCUCGCAACUAAGGAUCUCGUUCAAGUCGCUCAAGAAAUUCCAUACGGGACGCUGAGGAUCACAGUGAAGUGAUUGCACGUCCGUGUAGCUGAAAUUACAUGCUAGGCAAUUGCGAUACGAACGUCCGUAUGCUCCAGCUGAUGUGUUGCAGUGUAUCGUUUGCUCUCCGUUCAUUCUGAUGCUUUGUUGCCCCGGUCCAUGUACAUGCUCUUGGCAUCGGCCGCUGUGCGUGUGAAUAAGGUGUUUACGACCAGAUGCUUGUCCCUUCACUACGAGUUGUAGCUCCUGUUAAUACCAUCGCUUCGUGAGACCACAAAUGGUGCAGAGCAGAGAUUGAGAAGGGACCCAGUCAGGGGGAAGCG